AUUAAUCCAUUAUUAGUUCAAUUCGAUUUCUAACUAUCACGUCACGGCCUUUUGCAUUUCUAGAUCCAAACUUGGGGCUUCGCUCUCUCCAGAUCUCUGCAUCCCCUUUCUCCUAUGUGUUUCGGGGAUCGAUCUUGCUUGCCCACUUGAGCUGUUAGUGUGACCGCUGCUCGACGACGACAAUUAUAGCUGGAUCUAUCUGGUAGAGCUCUUGCUCAGCUUCAAAACGGAUCCAAUCAUGAAUCCCUUCUCCUCUGGCACGCGCCUGAGGGACAUGAUUAGGGCUAUACGCGCUUGCAAAACUGCUGCAGAGGAGCGUGCAGUUGUAAGAAAAGAAUGUGCUUCUAUUCGAGCUGCUAUUAGUGAAAAUGACCAAGAUUAUAGGCAUCGCAAUAUGGCAAAGCUCAUGUUUAUUCAUAUGCUUGGUUACCCGACACAUUUUGGUCAAAUGGAGUGCCUGAAGCUAAUUGCAGCUCCCGGAUUCCCAGAGAAGAGAAUUGGAUAUCUUGGCCUCAUGUUACUUCUUGAUGAAAGACAGGAAGUUUUGAUGCUUGUUACCAACUCAAUAAAACAAGAUUUAAAUCAUACAAAUCAGUAUAUUGUUGGGCUUGCUCUUUGUGCCUUGGGUAACAUUUGUUCUGCUGAAAUGGCUCGUGAUCUUGCUCCCGAAGUUGAAAGGCUACUCCAAUUUAGGGAUCCUAAUAUCAGAAAGAAAGCAGCUUUGUGCACAAUAAGGAUAAUAAAGAAAGUUCCAGACCUUGCAGAUAACUUUAUAAAUCCCGCUGCAUCAUUACUGAAAGAAAAGCACCAUGGAGUGUUAUUAUCUGGAGUUCAGCUUUGUAACGAUAUGUCUAAAGUCAGUAUAGAGGCUCUUGAGUAUUUUAGAAAGAAAUGUAUAGAUGGCUUGGUCAAACUUCUGAAGGAUCUUACCAACAGUCCUUAUACACCUGAGUAUGACAUUUCUGGGAUCUCAGAUCCUUUCCUUCAUAUUAGAUUGCUCAAGCUUCUUCAUGUGUUGGGCCAAGGAGAUGCUGAUGCUAGUGAUACUAUGAAUGAUAUUCUCGCGCAGGUGGCAACCAAAACAGAAUCAAACAAAAACGCAGGCAAUGCUAUUCUUUAUGAAUGUGUUGGCACAAUCUUGAGCAUUGAAGAUAAUGGUGGAUUGCGUGUACUUGCUGUUAAUAUUUUGGGCAAAUUUUUGUCUGGACGUGACAACAAUUUUAGAUAUGUAGCAUUGAACAUGCUUAUGAAAGCUCUAGCAUUGGAUAGCCAAGCAGUGCAGCGGCAUAGAGCCACAAUUUUGGAAUGUGUAAAGGAUUCAGAUCCUUCGAUUCGUAAAAAGGCCCUGGAGCUUGUCUAUCUUCUAGUAAAUGAAAGCAACGUGAAGCCUUUGACAAAGGAACUCAUUGACUAUCUGGAAGUCAGUGACCCAGACUUUAAGGGGGAUCUCACUGCCAAGAUUUGCUCAAUUGUGGAGAGGUUUUCCCCGGAAAAAAUAUGGUAUAUUGAUCAGAUGGUGAAGGUUCUUUUGGAGGCUGGAAGUUACGUGAAGGAUGAAGUGUGGCAUGCCCUCAUUGUUGUAAUCACUAAUGCAUCAGACCUUCAUGGAUACACUGUUAGAGCACUAUACAAGGCUAUACAAACAGCUGGCGAACAGGAAACACUUGUUCGAGUUGCUGUUUGGUGUAUCGGAGAAUACGGAGAUAUGUUGGUUGGCAAUGCGGGAGUACUUGAUGUAGAGAAUUCACUAACUGUAACUGAGGCUGAUGCUAUCAGUGUAGUAGAAACUGCAAUUAAACACCAUUCUUUUGAUCUCACAACUAGAGCUAUGUGUUUGGUUGCUCUAUUAAAGCUAUCUGGCCGUUAUCCUUCUUGUGCAAGGAGGAUAAAUGAUAUCAUCGUCCACCAAAAGGGAAGCAUUGUGCUUGAACUGCAACAAAGAGCCAUUGAAUUUAACUCAAUCAUUGAGAAGCAUGGGAAAAUGAGGUCCACAUUGGUUGAACGGAUGCCAGUACUUGAUGAGGCAACUUACAGCGGGAGGAGGGCUGGUUCUGUACCUGGUGUGGUUUCAACCUCACAAGGAGCUCCACCAAAAAUGCCAAAUGGUAUUGCCAAGUCCACUGCUCCAAUUGUUGAUUUGCUUGAUCUUAGUUCAGACGACAAUCCAGCACCCUCCUCUUCGGGUGGAGAUUUUCUUCAGGAUCUUCUUGGGGUUGAUCUGUCCCAAACUGGACAAGGAAACAGUCAGACCCAGAAGAGCGGAACAGAUGCCCUGCUGGAUCUUUUGUCAGUUGGAAGUGCUCCAUCUCAAAGUAGCUCGUCCAUGCUCGAUAUGUUAUCACCAGGACAAGAAAACAAGAGUUCAAUAGAUAUCUUAGGCAAUUUGACCUCCACUUCUCAACCUUCAGCACAAUCCUCUACUCCUGUUGGAAGUUCUUCCAUGAUGGAUUUGUUAGAUAGUUUUGGUUCCAGUCCAUCUGUGCCUGAAACAAAUGGCUCAUCUUAUCCAUCAAUUGUUGCCUUUGAGAGCAGCGCCUUAAAAAUUACAUUUGACUUCCAUAAGGAGCCGGGAAAUUCACAGACUACGCUGAUUGAGGCUCAAUUUGUGAACAAGUCACCUAAUACCUACUCAACUUUUGUUUUCCAGGCUGCAGUUCCAAAGUUUCUUCAAUUGCACAUGGAUCCUGCUAGUGGCAACAUGCUUCCGCCAAAUGGUAAUGGGUCAAUCACACAGAAGCUUCGGGUUUCAAACAGUCAGCAUGGCAAGAAAUCACUUGUCAUGCGCGUUAGGAUAAGCUAUAAGGUGAACGAGAAAGACGUGUUGGAGGAAGGACAGAUCAACAACUUCCCCCGUGGUUUGUGAACUCUAUCUAUCGCAUCAUCGCUUGGUUGGUUGGGUGGAAUUUUACGAAAUUGUUUGGGUAUGUGUUGUUGCAUUAAGAGGUUUGAGUAUUUGGAUGUUCCACUCUGCGUUUUUUCCUUCAUUAAAACCCGCUCUGCUCCACCCCGCCCAUAUUAUGUGUAUAUCAUCAUCAUCAUCAUCAUCAUUAUCUUCAUCCCACCACACCAUCGCCAUCGAUAUAAGAAAGAAAAAAAAGAAAGAAAGAUUGAUUCCUGGUUGUAACCAUUUGGUAUCUAUCUAUCUAUCUAUCAAAUUUUGCCUUUACUGGCACGUACAUGGAUGCAUGCAUUAUUCAUACAUCCAUAUAUAAAAUACACAUUGCAUUUGUGUUGAUGAUGUGUCUGUGUGUGAGUCUAGAGAGCUGUAGAGACAAAUUUGUUACAAUACACAAGUUUUGUAUUCUUAAUUUGAGAGAGGCUGGCUGCCUGGCAUUACCUCU